CUCAGCCUUACGCAUUCAACCCCGUUAUUCCUUGAUCGCACCUUCCAUAACUGCCGCGCUUGGAAUUAUAUCACACCAACUGUCAAUGACCACCUCGAUACCUUUCUCCCUACGUUGACCAGCAUCUCGUUCCUCCACACCUCGACCUCGACAUAGCGAGUGUAUCCCUCCAACCCUCUUGAUUCCUCUUGUUGGUACUAGGGCUAGACUGCCACCAUGUCUAGUGCGUUGGGCCGAGACCCCUACGAUGACGACCAUGCAGUCCUCGAUGAUGACUUUUUGAACGACGAGGUCGAACCAGAUGAACCUUCCUACAACACUUCGGACCGCGCCCCGUUGACAGGCAACAUCCAAUCAUCCUCGUCACAAGCGCCUAUUAAUCAAGGUUACCUGACGUCCCGCAUUCCAGGCGAGGACAGAAGAGCCCCUCAAAAUACCAUCGAUGAGAGUGUAUGGGAUACCGUGUCAAGAGAUCUCGUCGCCGUCUGGGAGAAGAUGAAGCAAGUUCUCUACCCCAAAUAUCUCCUGGGUGGCAUACUGCAGAGGCAAGGAAGUGGUACUGGUGAUGCUGAAAGCCAAGGCUUUGGUCGUGACCUUCGAGGCCUGGUUGGCAGAUGGCCAGACGCCGAUGGGAUCCUGCAAGGUGCAAUGAGUGAUGGUUUGCGAGAUUGGGAUCUAUGGGGUCCCCUCAUCUUCUGCCUAUUAUUGGCCAUGUUCCUUUCGAUGCGAGCCAGCAGCGACCAAACUGAUCUAGUCUUCUCUGGAGUUUUCACUGUGGUUUGGAUUGGAGAGGCCGUCGUCACACUUCAAAUCAAACUACUUGGAGGCAACAUUUCCUUCAUGCAAUCAGUCUCUAUCAUCGGCUACACUUUAUUCCCUCUUACGAUUGCAGCACUCCUAAGCGCCCUCGGUCUGCCUAUGAUUGCUCGUAUCCCCGUCUAUAUCAUUCUGGUUGGAUGGUCGCUGGCCGCUGGGGUUAGUAUACUAGGAGGGUCAGGCGUGGUCAAGAACCGAGUGGCAUUGAGCGUCUACCCUCUCUUUGUCUUUUACGUCGGCCUGGGCUGCCUAUGUUUCAUUAGCUGAAGAGACAAGACUCGAUCUCGGUCUUGAUGUAUUGAUAUAAUGGGUGGAUGCGAUACAACAGUGGUCGCCCAUAGCUUGGGAAUCGGAUAGAUUAUGGCGACGAUGAAUCUAACACAAACAUGUUUGUAGAGAAUAGUAUUUGAGAUUUGGAUAUGGAUGAAUUCGAGUCUCAUUGACGAUAUUGUUG